GUCGAACCCUAGACUAGUACAAGUCGUCGAGCACUGACCUGCUCAUCUCGACGCGCGCAACUGGCCUGGCCUGGCCAGCUCCUCCAACAAUUCUCCUGCGAAGCUCGGGUGAUCCUGUAUAUCACGACUCGUCUGCUGCUUCUGCUGCUCUGCCACUGGCUACGGACCCGAAACCAGCACGACGCGGCCUGUCCCCACGAUCUCUCCCACACCGAACUUCCGGGAAGCACAGCCUCGUCCUCUCACCACCAUCGCUACGGGCUUGUCAAGCUCCCGAGAGGGCUGAUUGCCGGGAAUCAGCCUUACAGACUGCCGCUGUCCGCGUGUCCGCGCACUCGCCGUCGCGUAUCGUUCUAAACUCGGCAACAUCAUACCUCGCACUCCACCCAUGGAUCAGCAAGACCAACGCGGCCGGUCGGCCUCGACCGGCCACCAACAACCACAUCUACAAAGCCAAUCCCACUCUCCGUCAUCCGGUACAUACCAGCAGACCGAUCUAUCGAAUGGUCUUGGUCUUGGUCUCGAACAGCAAGGGCAGCCGGUCUUCUCCUCGUCCGAUCCGAACAUUGACUCCUUUGCGAGCAACAACUUCUUCGACCCCAACACCAGCUUCGGCCAACAGCUGGGGAGUACCGAUUUCGGACAGCCGCAGAACGGGUAUCUUUCCCCCAACCUGACGAACGACGGCGACUUCCCGCUCUUCUCCCAGACCGGGGCGCAAGGGGAGCACUUCAACGCACCGCUGUUUGACCAGACGACGCUGAACCCCAACGAUAUCAGCAACAUGACCUCCCCUGGAUCCCAAUCGGCGCACUCACCGCACUCGCCACUCCUCCAACCCGACGGCCAGCCUGGAUCUGCGCAACAAUCGCCAUCGUACCACCAGACACAUUUCUCGCCCCCAAUGGGGGGUGGGCAUCACUCCAGGAACACCAGCCAUGCUUCCCAUGCGUCACUCGGGCCGGAGUCUGCUCUGCAUCCCAACCAGCUGGGCGAUUGGUCGCAAGUCCAGUUCCACAGUCACCGUCGCAGUCCCUCUGCGCACUCGGACAUCUCGUCUGUGUCGCCCUCGCCCAACGUGAUCACAUCGGACAGCUUCGAUGAUCAGUCGGGCCACUCGCCACUGCAACACUCGGCUGAUGGUACCCUCUAUGAUCCGGUGAUGGGAGGCAUAGGCAACUUUACACUGUCCGACGCUGGGAGUCCCGGCCACCAGGGGCGGAGUCCAUCGCAUAGUCCUGCGAUCAGCCCCAGGAUCAUGCCGCAGCAGAUGGCGGACCCGAACGCAAGCUUUGGGAUGAUGGCGCCCAACCCUUAUGCCGACCCCAAUGCCUAUGUCAGCCACCCACCAGGCGAGGCAUUCCCCAACUUCCAGCAAAGCCAGCACGACAUGUCGCAAAUGGCGCCGCCAUCGAUCAACAUUGUCCAUGCGCCAAACACACGCGACGGCCCUGGAGCGGAUGGCAGGGCGUUGGACCAAGACUCGCUGACACCCCCAGACAGAGGUCGCAAGCUAGCCCGUCCAAGGGCCGUCACGGAUCCGUUCCACCCAGGAGUGGCCAUGGGCCGCCGAAUCAGCUCCCACAGUCCCUCCAACUCAUCGCAAUCGGCUCUGUCUCCCCGCUCCGACGUCUCGAGAUCCCUCUCACCACACUCGGGCGUGUCGCCGAACCGAAGACGGCAGUCGACCUCGGCGGUGCCCAACAACGUGAUAGCCUUGCGGUUGGCGGACCCCGAGUUCCAGAACAGCGCCGAGUCUGGCAACGCGAAGAGGGCGCAGAAGCACCCGGCCACCUUUCAGUGCACAUUGUGUCCCAAGCGAUUCACGAGAGCAUACAACCUCCGGUCGCAUCUGCGCACGCACACGGACGAGCGCCCCUUUGUGUGCACGGUCUGCGGCAAGGCGUUUGCCCGCCAGCACGACCGCAAACGUCACGAGAGUCUGCAUUCUGGAGAGAAGAAGUUUGUCUGCAAGGGUGAGCUGAAAGCAGGCGGGCAGUGGGGGUGCGGCCGUCGGUUUGCUCGAGCCGAUGCUCUGGGCCGGCACUUCAGGAGUGAAGCCGGUCGCAUAUGCAUCAAGCCGCUGCUGGACGAGGAGGUGAUUGAGAGGCAGCGCCAAUGGCGGGAGCAGCAGAUGGCGCACAACGCCAACAUGGUGCCACAGCCCAUGGCCAUGGAUCCCACAGGGGGCUACUCGCUCGAUGCAAACGGCAACUUUGCCCUCCCCGCUGCCCUGCUGGCGCAGUACCCAGCGUUGGCGCAGAUGAACUGGACGGGUCCCGAGAUGGGCAAUAUCGACGAAGACAUUAGCGGGCGGUCGUCGUUUGACGCGAGCGACUUUGACGAUGGAGACGAUAAUGGCUAUGUCAGCGGCCCGGGCACAGGUUACGGCGACGGCGGGUUGAGCCAGAACUAUGGCGAGCUUGGAUACGCCAGCGACAUGGGACGGCGCUGAAGGAGGCUAUUGUUCAUAGAAUGUGGGAUAUGGGCGACUCGUGUCGCAUUUCUUUUUACGUGUAACGACAGGGCGAUGGCUUGGGAGUUUAGGGCCUGACCAAGGAAUGGGCGGGCGGGAGGCACUCGCUGUUUUCUCUGCGCAUUGGCUUCACUGGG